GCUGAAGCAAUAUUUUGUGCACUCAUGCUUUAGGUAGCCUACAUUCCACGUCUAACUCAGCCACUGCAACUGCGAAGCUCAGAAAAUGUGCAGGACGCUUCAUUUUGGAUGAAUCCACAAUGGCUUCUAGGCCAACGAAAGAGUCUUAUGCUCUCGUUCCAGACUACUAGAUCUGUCCAUGGAGACACUCGUCACAUGAUCUACUUCUUCAUCACUCGUGAGGAGCCACUCAAGCUGUACUCGGGAGAAUUCGAUGCGCAACGAGCGGAGAUACUCAGCAGGUCCAUGGCAAAGGAGAGGAGGUUGUGUAUGGGAUAAGUUGAUAAGCAGCUUCGCUUUCGAGGAUCCCCAGCCUUUCUGGCUGUUGGCGAAGCUCGCGGUACCGGCAUUCAGCCUGCUCCAUCCCCAAGGAAACACUGGCAAAGAGUUGACAGGUCACAGCAGCUCUCAACGUCACAGCGCACCUUAGUGCAUCCGCGUGGGCGCAUCUGCACCCGGGCUAGGCCGUGAUACAGAUUGAAGACCAUGUCUGGCAUGUCAAUUGAUGCACUGGUCACAGCAUGCAUCCCCAUGUUAUCCGCAUCGGACAAAAGCUCGUCAGCAGCAUAGUCUUAUGCAGAGCGUUCGGAAAGUGGUCAGUUGUGCAGGAGCGCGCAGCUCACAUACCUCAUGUAGCCGCUGGUAUAAGAAGCACGCCGAAUGUCAAGCAAUGCACGAGAAUCUCUGGGCGCACUUCAAGCCUAUUGCCGAGAAUCCUUCCCUCUUGUUGGCACAGUGAGGUUUGAAAGAUGGGCCAAAUAUGACGGACAUACUUGUUUGUUCCGAAUUCGUGAGAGAAUGGAAGGCAAUUCAUCGAAGAGUCAUCGUUGUGUGAUAUUACCUACCUUACCUUAUUAUUGUCCAAGAUAACACUACUUCCUAGUGCUUCUCUUCCUCCGCGGCAGCUCAGGACGAAAUGCCAAUCGGACGAGUCGGGCCGUCAGACCGGCGGGACGCCGAACAAGAGAUUCCGACUUUCCGUGUGGGAGAGUGGAGGGGAAGGGAAGGGCAACAAAUACAUGUGUACCUGAAUCAUGCCUCGGUGAAAGGGCCGACAGGAAGGCUUCCUGCUCGCCUCUGGCCAAAAUGAAGGUGGUAAUGGUAUAGUAGGUAGGUAUAUUGUGCUUACUUGCCUCAGGCAAUAAGGUAUCAGGGUACAAUGAUUAUCUACCUGGUAUACAAUAUCUACAUGUACCUGCACCUUAGGUAGGGUACACACUGGUACAGAUACACGACAGACCAAGCAUUACCCAGCAGACGAGCUCUCAGCCAGGCCAAGCCAGGUACCCUUGCCCCAACUUGCCUGCCCUCGCGUCCUCGACGCAUGACGACGUAAACACAACCACACAUCCACACAACCUGCGCCCACGGCCAGCCGAACUGCGCUUGGCAACGCCAAAGAGGAGGCAAACGCUUGGACAAACCUUCGCUAACGUCUUGGAUUCUUGUCUUAGGUACUUCAACCACUGUACCUCUCUC